ACUUCCGCGGGCCUGCGCACGUAGCCGGCGCAGUGUUUGCCGUGACGUCAUGUUCUCGCCCAGCAACGCGAGCGGGAUCGCGAAUGGCGGCGCAGAGAGGGGAGUUCAAACCCAACGGAGGCUCGUCCUGCCCGUGACUCGGCGCCAUGAAGCGGAUAAAGGCGGCCCGGGGCGCCCCAGGCUCGGGAGCGGAGGAGGAGGACGCGCCGCCCCCGGACCUGGCAGAUGUGGAGGAUUCUUCAGCAAAAGCUCUUGUCAGCCUAAAAGAAGGAAGCUUAUCGAAUACGUGGCAUGAAAAAUACAACUCUCCGCAGAAAACUCCAAACUGGAAGGGUGGGAACAACUCAGUCACCGACCUGCCGCACCGGAGUUCUAAACGAAGCCGACUUUUCUGUGAAGAAGACGAUCACCAGAUAAAUACCAGAUCGCCAAAAAGAAAUCAGAAACCGCCAAUGGUACCCCAGUUUGCAACAACCACGCCGGUGAAAAAGGCGUCUCAGAAAAUCGGCUAUAGGCUGCGGAAUUUAUUGAAGCUCCCCAAAGCGCACAAAUGGUGUAUAUACGAGUGGUUUUAUUCAAAUAUCGACAAGCCUCUUUUUGAAGGUGAUAAUGAUUUCUGUGUUUGCUUAAAAGAAUCCUUUCCAAAUCUUAAAACAAGGAAAUUAACCCGGGUUGAAUGGGGGAAAAUUCGGCGACUUAUGGGGAAGCCACGAAGAUGCUCUGCAGCAUUCUUUGAAGAGGAGAGGUCGGCUCUGGAACAGAAGCGACAAAAGAUCCGUCUCCUGCAACAGAGAAAGGUCGCCGACGUGUCGCAGUUCAAAGAUCUCCCUGAUGAAAUCCCCCUUUCCUUGGUUAUAGGAACAAAAGUUACAGCUCGGUUACGUGGGAUGCAUGAUGGUUUAUUUACUGGCCAGAUAGAUGCUGUAGACACCCAGAACUCCACUUACAGGGUCACCUUCGAUAGGAAUGGACUCGGCACACAUACAAUCCCAGAUUUUGAGAUCUUGAGCAACGAGCCCCAUGAAACCAUGCCCAUCGCCGCCUUCGGACAAAAGCAGCGCCCAUCCCGAAUGUUCAUGACUCCGCCGCGGUUACAUUACCCUCCUAAUGUCCAGUCGCCCAUCAUGGAAAAUGAUCCUUUGUUGGGACAAUCACCUUGGAAAACAAAAUCUUCCAGCUUAGACAAUGACACGAUAGGUGGCUUUCCGGUGGAGUUCCUUAUUCAGGUGACUAGGUUAUCGAAGAUCCUGAUGAUAAAGAAAGAACAUAUCAAGCAGCUGAGAGACAUGAACACCGAAGCAGAGAAGCUGAAAUCCUACUCUGCGCCAAUUGACAUUGAGUUUCAAAGACGAUACGCAACAACUGUUCUAGACCUGGAACAACUCAACAAAGAUCUCAACAAGGUUCUUCACAAAGUCCAGCAGUAUUGCUAUGAGCUCGCUCCAGAUCAGGGGCUUCAACCAGCAAACCAACCGACUGAUAUGAGGCGGCGCUGUGAGGAUGAAGCUCAGGAGAUGGUGCGUCAGGCAAACACGUCCUCCGGCCAGCCCUGCGUGCAGAACGAGAGUCUGACGGACCUAAUAUCCAAACUCACCGCUAUCCUCCUACAGAUAAAAUGCCUCGCAGAAGGAGGGGACCUGAACUCUUUUGAAUUCAAAUCUUUAACAGAUUCAAUCAAUGAUAUAAAGAGUUCAAUAAAUCCUUCUAAUAUCAGCUGUUUUCAGAAUAACGUUGAGAUCCACGUUGCGCAUAUCCAGAGCGGUCUGAGUCAGAUGGGCAAUCUCCACGCCUUCUCCGCCAAUAACACAAACAGGGACUGAAAAUCCGCCCGCGUUUUCUUCUCGCUGGACUUGUCUAUAGUGGUAGGACAACGAACUCUUCUUUAUAUUGGGAGUGAACCAGCAUUACGGACCUCAGAUACUUUUAUGUCCUAUGGAUACACCCUGCAGUGAGUAGCUGUUUGUAUUACCCGGCCGUUCUCUACCGAUGCACAGACUGGAAUGGCUCGCCCACCGCUCUGCAGACCCUCCCUCCAUCUUUGCGUCGUCAUUGUGCCUAAGGUAGCCGUGUUACCUCAGUCCGUGUCCUCAUUGUAGUGCUUGGGAUAUAAGAGUGAUGCCGAUGGAUCAGUAAGUGAGGAUGGGUGAGAUAUGUAGGUACAAAUAUCUCCGAACUGGGGGCUUUACAGAUGGACUGCUGAUGGCCAAACUCGAUGAAGGAUCCACCGUGCACUGCUAAUGUGUGUUUAUACCCACUUGUAUCAGAAACUUAAAUCUUCUCCUCCAUCCCACACCUCUGUUCCUCAGAUUCAGAUAUUGCGUGUGAUCCACCUGUCGGGGGUUGUAAGUGCUCCUACAUGUGGUCUGUCUGUCCCUAUUUAUGCAAAGGAGUAACCCCUACGUAGACCUUCAUUGGGGAGGGGGAGGGAGGGUUGCAUCGUGGCUACAUGAAUUUCGGGUAGAACCUGUGAUUAUAGAGGAUGGUCUCUAACAGCUAUUUGCACAAACAACGCAUAAAGAGUGUAUUCGCAGAUGUUUAUCUUGUACAAAAUUGUGUAUCGGGUUGUUUAAUAUAGGUGGUAAAGAGAUGAAUUAUUAUAAUAAACCGUUUCACACAUGUUUUAUGAGCUAGCUGUGUAGGAAGGUGUCCUCUGGAUGUAUUAGAGUGCACAGAUAAUGUAUUUUAUGGUAUUGUACAGAGCAAACGUCGCCCAGGAACCCUCACCCUGAGGCGCUUGUAUAGCUUAAGAGAAAAAAAGAUAUUCUAAGUUU